AUGUUGGAUAAACUCAAGUUUGGUGGCUUUUUGGUCUACAGUGAGGGUAACCAAGACGUACUGUACGUAGCGGCGGAACUGGAAAUCCCGACGAAAUGA